UCCAUUACACCCCGGCCUCCCCCGCCGGCCCGAAGGCCGGGCGUGGGUGACCGCACGUGGGCCAAGCCCCUUCCAGGCCGGCGCCCCCAGCCCCAGGCCGGCCCGAGUGUGCGAGCGCUUCGGUGCCCGGCCGCCGCCACCCGCCCGCAAUGGCGUUGGGGAGCGCAGCGCGCCUCCCGGGGCCGCCCGCCGCGGACAGGGCGCGCGUGGGGGCCGAGGCGCGGGUGGAAGCGGCCGCCGCAGCCGCCCUCCGCGCGGCGCCGUGAGGAGCGGGUGGCGGGCACCCAGCGGGCCGGCACCGAGCAGCCGCGGCCACCGCGGGGCGGGGGGCGCAGCGAGCGGGGUGGGAGCGCGCGGCCGACCCUCCCGCCCGCGGCGCUCCCGCUCGGGGAGCUCGUCUCUCCCCGUGCCACACUGGGAUCCGCCUGGCAGCCGCCGGGAGCCGCAGCCAAUGUGUUAGGACUUCAGGUGCUUCUUGGCACAAAGCUAGACUGCGACCUCCUACCAUAGCGCUUGGCGUCACCUGCUCUCCCGGCCCUGCCCCGGGGCCGAGGGAUUGCGUCCCGAACCAGGCUUGGGAAUCGGCUGCCUCUCAAAUGAACCUCUAGUCUUGCUUUGAAAAAGCCAUUUUGUGUAACUCUUGACUGAAUAAUUUCCUAAUACGUUUGUUGGGACGAUCACUGACAAUAUGCCACUUGAGAGGUCCUUUACUUGACCAAAUAUUGGUGAUUAGAGAAGAAAGAUUUUUUUUUCUGAUCAUUAUGAACAUUGGCUUUUCACCCUUGAAGUAAAAAUGUUGAAAGCUGAGUCUUCAGGUGAACGAACCACUCUCAGAAGUGCCUCUCCUCACAGGAAUGCAUAUAGAACUGAGUUCCAGGCACUGAAAAGUACCUUUGACAAACCCAAGUCAGAUGGGGAACAAAAAGCAAAGGAAGGUGAGGGCUCCCAGCAGAGCAGGGGGAGGAAAUAUGGCUCCAAUGUCAACAGAAUUAAAAACCUGUUUAUGCAGAUGGGUAUGGAACCCAACGAGAAUGCUGCGGUCAUCGCCAAAACCAGGGGGAAAGGUGGACCUUCAUCCCCUCAGAGAAGAAUGAGGCCCAAAGAAUUUCUGGAGAAAACAGAUGGCUCGGUUGUUAAAUUGGAGUCCUCUGUAUCUGAACGAAUUAGUAGAUUUGACACAAUGUAUGAUGGCCCUUCAUAUUCUAAAUUCACAGAGACCCGAAAGAUGUUUGAGAGAAGUGUGCAUGAGUCAGGGCAAAACAACCGCUAUUCCCCAAAGAAAGAAAAAGCUGGAGGGAGUGAACCACAGGAUGAGUGGGGUGGUUCCAAGUCCAACAGAGGCAGUACUGAUUCCUUGGACAGCCUUAGCUCCCGGACCGAGGCUGUCUCCCCAACGGUGAGUCAACUGAGUGCAGUAUUUGAGAACACCGAGUCCCCCAGUGCCAUCAUUUCUGAGAAGGCUGCAAACAAUGAAUACUCAGUGACUGGGCAUUAUCCCCUGAAUUUACCAUCUGUUACUGUUACAAAUCUUGACACCUUUGGUCACCUUAAGGAUUCUAAUUCUUGGUCUCCAUCAAACAAACAAUGUGUUGAUACAGAGGAUGCUCAGAAGAGUAAUACAACUCCCGUACCAGAAGUGGCUCCUAAAAGUACCUCUCUAGCUUCAUUGCCUAGUGAAGAGAUACAGCAGAGCAAGGAAGCCGAGGACUCCACAUCUAACCAAGAGACUCCGGGCAGAAUUGACAAAGAUAUUCCUGAAGAGCCUUGUGCUGAAAAUAAGGCAAUGCCAAAGUCUGAUAUCCUUUCACCACAAAACCAACCUUCAGGAGAGACUGAAGCUAAUUCCGUUGGAAGUGAGGCAGCAAAGCAACAGAGGAAAGAACUUGCAGGUGGUGAUUUCACCUCUCCUGAUGCUUCUGCAUCCAGUUGUGGAAAAGAAGUACCUGAAGACUCAAAUAAUUUUGAGAGUUCCCAUGUGUAUAUGCAUAGUGACUAUAAUGUGUAUAGGGUGAGAUCCAGGUAUAAUUCAGACUGGGGAGAGACAGGCACUGAGCAGGAUGAGGAGGAAGAUAGUGAUGAGAACAAUUACUAUCAGCCUGAUAUGGAAUACUCGGAAAUCGUUGGCUUGCCAGAAGAAGAAGAAAUCCCAGCAAAUCGGAAAAUUAAGUUUAGUAGUGCUCCAAUUAAGGUUUUUAACACAUACUCCAAUGAAGACUAUGACAGGCGAAAUGAUGAAGUUGACCCUGUGGCCGCGUCUGCUGAGUAUGAACUUGAAAAGCGUGUAGAGAAGCUGGAACUUUUCCCAGUGGAACUAGAGAAAGAUGAGGAUGGUCUUGGUAUAAGUAUUAUUGGAAUGGGCGUUGGAGCAGAUGCUGGACUUGAGAAGCUGGGAAUAUUUGUCAAGACAGUAACGGAAGGUGGUGCUGCUCAGCGGGAUGGCAGAAUACAAGUCAAUGACCAGAUUGUGGAAGUGGAUGGAAUCAGCUUGGUGGGUGUCACACAGAAUUUUGCUGCAACAGUUCUCAGAAACACUAAGGGCAAUGUCAGAUUCGUUAUUGGGCGAGAAAAGCCAGGACAAGUGAGUGAGGUUGCCCAACUGAUAAGCCAGACGCUGGAACAAGAGAGGCGCCAGAGAGAGCUGCUGGAGCAGCACUACGGGCAAUACGACGCUGAUGACGACGAGAACACUGUGGCUGAAUUGCAAGGAGUAGCUGCCAACUGCAAUAACAAUAACAACUAUGUCCUUAAGACAGGAGAAUAUGCCACAGAUGAAGAAGAGGAUGAGGUAGGGCCGGUUCUUCCUGGUGGUGACAUGGCCAUUGAAGUCUUUGAGCUACCUGAGAAUGAGGACAUGUUUUCCCCAUCAGACCUGGACACAAGCAAGCUCAGUCACAAGUUCAAAGAGUUGCAAAUCAAACAUGCAGUUACAGAAGCAGAGAUUCAAAAAUUGAAGACCAAGUUGCAGGCAGCAGAAAAUGAGAAAGUAAGGUGGGAGCUAGAAAAAACCCAACUCCAACAGAACAUAGAAGAGAAUAAAGAAAGAAUGCUGAAGUUAGAGAGCUACUGGAUUGAGGCUCAGACAUUAUGCCACACGGUGAAUGAACAUCUCAAAGAGACUCAGAGCCAGUAUCAGGCCUUGGAAAAGAAGUACAACAAGGCAAAGAAAUUGAUCAAGGAUUUUCAACAAAAAGAGCUUGAUUUCAUCAAAAGACAAGAAGUAGAAAGAAAGAAAAUAGAAGAUUUAGAAAAAGCUCAUCUUGUGGAAGUUCAAGGCCUACAAGUACGGAUUAGAGAUUUGGAAGCUGAGGUGUUCAGACUACUGAAGCAAAAUGGGACUCAAGUUAACAAUAACAACAACAUCUUUGAGAGAAGAACAUCUCUUGGUGAAGUCUCCAAAGGAGAUACCAUGGAGAACUUGGAUGUCAAACAAACGUCUUGUCAGGAUGGCUUAAGUCAAGACUUGAAUGAAGCAGUCCCAGAAACAGAACGCUUGGAUUCAAAGGCCCUGAAAACUCGAGCCCAGCUGUCAGUGAAGAACAGGCGGCAGAGGCCCACUAGGACAAGACUCUAUGAUAGUGUCAGUUCAACAGAUGGGGAGGACAGUCUAGAGAGAAAGCCUUCAAACAGUUUCUAUAACCUCAUGCAUAUUACCAAAUCAGUUCCGCCUAAGGGUCUGAGAACUUCUUCUCCAGAAUCAGAUUCUGGGGUUCCACCACUCACCCAAGUGGCUAGCCCUGUGCCCUUCUCGCCUGACCACAUAGCGGAGUUUCAAGAAGGACCACUGCACCCAGAAAGGGGGCCUUUCCCCUCUAUUUGUGGAGACACUUCGCUUUCCUCUCCUUCAAAAUCUGAUCAUGACAUGGAAGAACCUCCUUGCCCCCUUCAAGCUACCAAAAAGAAAAUAUUACGAGAAAAAGAUGAUGCCAAAUGUCCCAAAUCACUAAGGGCAUCCAGUUCGUUGGUGAUACAAGGAGGAAAGAUUAGGCGGAAGUUUGUGGAUCUUGGGGCACCUUUGCGAAGGAAUUCCAACAAAGGAAAAAAAUGGAAAGAGAAAGAAAAAGAAGCCAAUAGGUUUUCUGCAGGUAGCAGGAUCUUCAGAGGCAGGCUGGAAAACUGGAAAGCAAAGCCACCCUCUGCAGCUCAGGCCUCCACCCGCUCCCCUUGCAUGCCUUUCUCCUGGUUUAAUGAAAGCCGGAAAGGAUCCUAUUCCUUCAGGAACCUGCCUUCACCUACAAGUCCCCUUCAGCCUUCUCCUGAGAUAAUUUCAGAUAAAACGGGGUCUAAGAAUUUUACCUUCAAUGAUGACUUCAGUCCCAGCAGUACCAGUUCCGCAGACCUGAGCGGCUUAGGAGCAGAACCCAAAACACCAGGGCUCUCUCAGUCCUUAGCACUGUCAUCAGAUGAGAGCCUGGAUAUGAUAGAUGACGAGAUCCUUGAUGAUGGACAGUCUCCCAAACACAGUCAGUGUCAGAGUCGGGCCGUUCAUGAAUGGAGUGUGCAGCAGGUUUCUCACUGGUUAAUGAGCCUAAAUCUGGAGCAGUAUGUCUCUGAAUUCAGUGCCCAAAACAUCACUGGAGAGCAGCUCCUGCAAUUGGAUGGAAAUAAACUUAAGGCUCUUGGAAUGGCAUCAUCUCAGGACCGAGCAGUGGUUAAAAAAAAACUAAAGGAAAUGAAGAUGUCUCUAGAGAAGGCUCGGAAGGCCCAAGAGAAAAUGGAAAAACAAAGAGAAAAGCUGAGGAGGAAGGAACAAGAGCAGAUGCAGAGGAAGUCCAAAAAGACGGAAAAAAUGACAUCAACUGCAACAGAAGGCCCUGGAGAGCAGUAGCACACCCUGCAGGGGGUGAGGAUGCUCAAGAGAUGGCCCACCUCUUCCUGCCCUGUUCUCCUCCAGAAGAAGAAACUGCUUAUGGGGUAAUGCUGCUCUAGACAGACUGAGGAACCGUGUGUUGAAUGACUGCAUUUUCUGCAAAAAUAGAAUGCACUCCUAAUUUUAACCCCUGAGAUAACCCCAAACCAUCUUUGGUUUAUUAAUAAACCAGAGAUCUUAUUUGGGAGAGACACAAAGUACCUGUGUUCCUCUCCUCUCCUCCUUACCAACAUCCUGUGUUGUGUUGGGCAUGUUGUGCCGCAUGGAGAACCAGCCAGGCCCUGCCACGAGAACAGAAUACCCCCUGGUGUUAAUGGAGCACUUGGAAUUUUCAGUGUAGGAUCCUGAAAGUAGCCGCUCGCACAUAUUUGUGUGGCAGAGAGCACCCUGCCAGCAAGAUCUGGGACCUGUACUUCUUUCUAGGGCUGCAGAGUUCAGGCCAGUGUGUGGGGAAAGCCCUUCCUCAAUUCUGGGUCUGAGCGGAGAACAUUCCCAUGGUGGAGUAUGGGUGUUGUGCCACAUAAUUUUGUACUAAAGGAAAGAGCAAGCACACGGUCCUGCUUGCUGGACAUCAGAAAGAGUGAAGAAAAUCAUAGCUAUUCGUUGACUAUAGAAGAGAGUAAAAGCCUUAAGAAUGUGGAUGUGGGUAUACCUUGGGGUUUUGAAGGUAACAUUUAUCCUCCAGAUGUUGCUGAACAAAGACGAAAAAGUCAGACUUUAAUGCAGCCAUGGGAUGUUGGGAUCUGUUGUUUACUUUGCUACCGCUGUGUCCUGAGUAUUUCAGCAACACUGGCAAACACAACACAGUUCCUCCCCCGCCCCCAACAAAUUGAACAGGAAAUUGAUUUUUAAGGAAACCAACAUUUUCAGGUUUCCUCUCCUGGGGAACAUUCUGGCUGGUCUUCAGCCUGCCUGUGACACAGUCAGGAACUUGUCACAUAUUUUCUACUCAGAAUUUCCCAAGUGGGCUCAGUGUUUUAACAAACACACUUUUAAGAAAACUAGAAAUACCAGUUAGAGAAAAUUUAGAUUUGAGUAACAUUCAACCAGAGAACCAAUUUUUUUUGAGCACACAGAACGUUCCUAUAAAACAAAGCUGACGGUUGCAUUUUAGAGAUAUUUUGAAUGGUUUUUCUGAGCCAUUCUCUACCAUACUCCAGAGAUUUCCACUUUAUAGUUGAAGUUUGUUUAAGGCGUUACAUAGGAUACAUUUUGCUAGUGGAAGAACUUAUGCUUAUUUUAAAGCCAGUAUUAAGGAUUUCAGUAUUUCACCGAACUUAGUUGAGUGCAGGAGACUAGGGCAAAAAGAGGAAAAGAUAAAGUCAUCUUGAGAAAUUUCCGAUGAUGAGGUUUCUCUGUAUUUUAUUUUGCUUUUUAUGCUUAUGUAUCUUGUUCUCUUUGCUGCUUUGGCUCCAAAAAUGAGGUCAUCCACUUUCCAAUGGACAGGUUUCAAAGUAAGACUUGAGGCCAGAAAAAUUUUAAAUAAGUAUUUUACCUCUUCUGCUCCACGGGGUCUUGCUCUGUCCUCAGCGCUGUGUCCAUGUCUCUGGUAGAAGUGUUGUACACGCAGAGCAUGGGAUAUGGCUCUUGAGUAUUAUAUAGCAGACGAUGUAAGGAGACUCCUCCCCAGAUAACCCCACCUCAUAUUUUUAACAUGGUGAGUUUGUACUUUUAUUAUUUUUAAUAUCUAAGUUCUAGAAUUGUCUGAACUAGAAAUGUAUUGUGUUAUUCUUUCCUCAAGGUCUGAUUCCUUUUCUGUGCCAGAGUAUGGUUUGGUCUGCUAAGCUUCAGCCCUUUUGUUACUGGGUACAGAUCAUAAAUUCACUCCUCAGAAACACUGAUGUCGAGUAGCUUUUACAGUUAUGAGAGGCACUUUUAGGUUUUUCUGUCUAUCUUCAUUUGGGUAUGAUAAUGAAACUGCCACACUCAACACUUGUUAAUAUCUAGAGAUGUCUGGUGCUUCCUAUUAUUAACAUCACAAGAAACCAGGAGCAACUGUUAAUGAACUACAAAAUUCAGCAAAUCUUUCCUCAUACUUCUAGAAGAUUAAAUUAGUAAAAAUCUGAUAAUGCUUGUGCUUGCUAUUGUAAAUUUUUGCCAUUUUCGCUUUCUUUGAAGAAAAAGUAACCUGGAUCACACUGGAACUUUCACUGUAUUCAAGUGGUAUGAUUAUUUGAAGUUAUGUUUACACUUCGGUAAUAUUUGAAAAUGAAUGUAUAUAUUGGAAAUGUCUAUAAGUCUCUGUCUUCGCCCAUAAUUUAUGAUCUAUUAUAUUGUAUUUUCUUAAAUGUCUUAGAAGUAUUGUUCUUUAUUAUAACUUUAUUUGUAUACUGCAGUGUUUAGAUCAAAUUCAGAUUGAUAAUGUUAAAAAUCAGAUUCUUGUUCCUCAAAUCAUUUAAUGUAUAUUAUAACCAUUUUGAUUUUUAAGUUCAUUUAUAGUAAUUUCAGAUCUAAAUGAAUUAUUUUAACAUUACUACUUCAAACCGCUGAAAUUGUAAAAGGGACUUGAUUUGAUUGUCCAACAACAAGAUAUAAACUGAUUGAUACAAGGGUAUGAAAACAAAGUGAAGGACCUCAGAUCUUGUGAGCAUUUUGUUUUACUAUUAUUUCUUUGACUGUAGUGCAUGGUAACUAAUCGAGGUUCCAGUGCCUUGCACAAUCCUCCUUUAAUGCUAGUAGUUUUCAGUGUCCAUACACUUUAACACAAAGUAGUUUGUCUCAUGAACUUUAAAGACUUUGCAGGUUUUUUUUUUUCUUAUCAGAAAAUAAACAAAAAGGGAAUAUCUGGUUACUGUGCACUAUAUUUUAGUAGAGAACAGCUCAGUUUGACUCUUAACAAUAGCCAAAAGUGUUUUGGGGUAUUGGGGAUGUUUUGCAGGGAGGGGGUUUAUAGUGAUGCAAGCCGUAGACAGAGAGCACUAUGGGAGCAGAAUCUGGAUCAGGAUUUCCACAGAAGAACUUUAUAACAGAUUACUGUGUUUAAGACCAUCUCCCUUAAAGUAACUCACAGUUAUGGGAUACUUUCCUUGUUCUCUACCUGGCCCCCCACAAACACACACAAUGAAUCAGAAGUGUUCUUCGGUAUUCAAUUAGGCAGAAACCCCUUCCCACCUGCCAAUAUCACACAGACUUUGUAACCACAGCAGUUAAUGAUCGCAGUAUAUGAUAGGUGCUAAUGCCAAACUCAGCUUUCACUUGGCACAGAGUGGGAACAUCCACCUUAUGCUCCUUUGUUGUUAGGAACAAGGUAGCAAGAGGAAAAGUGAGAACCAAAUUAGCCCUUCCUACUGCCUGUGACCCUGUAGUAACCGAAAAUCCCUAAAUACCUCAGGCCCAAGCUACAAGACCUCCACAGGUUGUUUGAUCUGGCAACUCACCCCUAUGGCACUGCUUUCCCUAAGGACAAAGAAUUCUCCCCGAAGUUCUUUGUGUAAUAGGAUUAACAUGUGCUUAAAGUUUACAUUGUUUAAAAAAAAAGGUAAAUGAAAUGUGCAUUUUUGUAGAUGUGCUAAUUCCUUUAUAAGUGUGAAAGAUUAGACUAAGCUUCAAGAGGACAUUCAAUGUUUAACAAUAAUGUUCAAGAAGAUUCUGGAGGAAGGAGUCCCAACAAUUCUAAGAGAAACAUCUAUACUUUGUGUCACAGCCCUCUCAUUACACUGAGUUAUUUAAGAAUUUCCAAAUGCCACUUGUCACUAAAGGUACUCCCAACACAACUAGAAUAGAGGAGCACUUUGGGGGACAGUGGUCACAGAGGUGUGUGUCACCUGCUUUAAUGCUAAGGGUUCAUUGCUCCUUGAAGGAAAAACGAAGAUGGAAAUGAAAAGCCCAGCUUUCCAUCUUUUCUAAUUCACCUCUCCAACCUGUGCACAUUUCCAAAGCUAAAUGAUUAAGGAUAAAGUCCAUCAGUAAGAUGUCCGUGUCUUCUACCAGAACUCUUCUCAUGAUAGUAAGAAGGGGAGGGUAUAUUCUCCAAAGAAAGCAGUGUUAUGGGAAAUCUGAAUGUGCUCAGUGAUUCACUCCUGAAAACCAGCUUGGGUAUGCUGGCAGAUUUUGUUUGCAUUUGUCUUGAGUAUUUAAAGUCUCAGGAAAUUUAGUCUUAGUUCAAAAUACCAGGGAAAAAGUAAACAGAACACAUCUUAAUAACUUGAAGUAGCAGUGUAGAAUAGGCCUGACAGAAGCUGGAGGGAAAAGAAAAAGCCUGAAGAAUAAUUUUUCCCCAAAAAGUGAAAGCAAAGUAUGUUUAUGGUAGACAGUGGGUCCUUCACUGCGGGUGUCUGUGGGUUUAUUGAGAGAAUGGUUGUAACUUGAGGGUUCACAUAUGUGAGCGGCAUGGACCUGUGACCUACCUGCCUCCAGAUCCUCAGAGUUGGGGAGGAACAAAACAGAAUGCUUUCCAAUCCUUGGCCCUCCCCAGCCCCAAAGCACGAGGGAUUCGGCAGUGUUUAAGAGGUAAGAAAUAGAGCAGAACAGAUAACUCCUCAACAUGCAUGCCACUGCGUAGGUGUUCAGAACUACAUCUGUGUGACUAUAUCUUCACCUUACCCACACAACGCGGCAAUCACAAGGCAUAAAAAAUACUGUAUAUGGAGCCUGGUAACAUCAGUUAGGAGCUGUAAUCAGAGCCUUAUUGCCAUAUUUUGUAUUGUCUAUACAUUGAAUGGUUCAUAGAUUUAAGAGGGUUUUUAUUUUUAAUGUAGGUAUUCCUACUAAAUGCAUUUAUCCUUCUCUGUGUUUAUAUAUUUUGGUAAAAUUGAUUUAUUAGAUACAUGGUAUUUUAGUAAGCUAAAAUCUCCUCAAAUGUUCAGUUAAUGCUUUGGUGUUGAGACUGCACAUUUUUUUUUUUGCAUUAGAGCUCAGAAGACAUUUAUGCAGCUUUGGGCAUUUUCAAUGGCAGACUACAGUUUUCUUGGCUAAAAGUCACACUGUGUGUUCCUGUGCAUUGGCUCAAACUUCCAAAAUGACAUAAUCAGUAGCUUUAGUCACUAACGCCUGGCUCUCUGAUGGCAGUGCUGCCCUCACAUGACCAUUUAUUGACUUCUUGUGCCAAGUAAUGGCGUUUUGGUCAUCUUGUGCUGAUAAUGGCAUUUGGUUGUCACCAAAAAUAAUGCAGGUGGUUGUGAGUCUAUGUUGUUGGAAGGUGUACACUUCUGAUUCUUUCAGCUCUUUGAUUCAUACACCCAGCUUUUUCUAUUAAGGUUGUGAUUGUUCAUUCAUGAAAGAACAAUUGACCAGAGAUAAUUAAAAUUGUCUAAAAAAGUAGGAAGAGGCACUCCAGCGAGAUGACACCUCCCAACAACAGCGAAUUGAGUUAGUGCUUGGUGAAAUUCCUUACCUACAUAUGCAGAUGCUUCCUUCACUAUUAUUUGAUGUCAUAACUACCGCUCUUGUAUUUUUAAUGGUGUUGCAAUCAAACCACUAAUAACACCUGCUACACAUUUCAAAACUGGGCAGUUGAAAAAUAACAGAAAGAUAAUAAAUUCUGUUCUCCUGUAAGAAUUUGAUUCAUUUUCAUCUUUCUUUAUAUAUCAAUAAGAAAAAGUUGUUUGAAAAUAAUUUUGAGUUCAGCAAGUGUGGGUAGCAUGUUACCUGAAACUUUUAAUUUGUACAUUUUGAUGUCUAUUCAUUUGCAUGAAAGAGACAAUAGUGCCAUGUCUGAAUUGUUCUCUUGUGCUUGGUUAAUAUGUACUGUUUCAAUGACAUUCCUUACUCUUUGGUUUUCAGAGGCAUUCAAAGCAAAAUAUAACAGUGGUCCUUUGUUUUCUGACCAAUCUAAAAAUACCUGUGAUUAAAUUUAAUUUGUUAGUGUAAAUAAAUUUCUUGCCAAUGAGUAUUAUUGUUGUUAAACAACGAAUGCAAUAAAAUGAGAAAUACAGA